ACUCCGAGAAACUGCGAAACACUCACCACUGCUUCAAAUUUCAAACCCCAACCCACCAAUCACACUCAGAGCUCACUCUUCAAUGGAGAUAUACGGUCAAUCAUCUUAUUCUUAUCCAUUUCUUUCAGUCUCUGCUUCCAUGGAGAAGCAAGAGUCGUCAUCGUCAACGUUAUCCGACGCCAGCUCGGCCAGGCGUGUUUCAGACUCCGACGUGGAAGGGCAUUUACUAGCAACAAGCCGGCCGAAGAAGCGAGCGGGGCGCAGAGUGUUCAAGGAGACUCGACAUCCGGUUUAUAGAGGCGUGAGGCAGAGGAACAGGAACAAAUGGGUCUGUGAAUUACGUGAGCCGAACAAGAAAACACGUAUAUGGCUAGGAACGUAUCCAACCCCAGAAAUGGCCGCGCGGGCUCAUGAUGUUGCCGCAUUGGCGCUUAGAGGAAAAUCAGCGUGCCUAAAUUUUGCAGACUCUACAUGGAGAUUGCCGGUUCCGUCUUCGAAUGAUGCGAUGGAUAUAAGAAAGACGGCAGCUGAGGCGGCGGAGGCUUUUAGGCCUGAUGAGUUUGCUGAAGUUUCUGACGGUGAAGUAAGGAAUGAAAAAAUUAGUCCGAAAGCUUCAACUGAAGUUUCGUGUGACUGCAAUAACAAGGAGGAGGAAGUAAAAACGUUGGAUGUAAAUACGUAUUUGCCGGAGAGUGAUUACUUUAUGGAUGAAGAAGCGUUGUUUGAUCUGCCGGGAUUGCUUGCGGAAAUGGCAGCGGGACUUCUACUUUCUCCACCACCUCUUCUUGCUGGAAAUGACGUGAAUUGGGAGGAUGUGGAAAGCGAUGACUGCGUGUCACUGUGGAGUCAUUCCAUUUGAGAUUUUUUUUUUUAGCAUGUAGAUCACUGUGUUUCAUUCUUUUAACACUAGAUUCCAUUAAUUAAUUUGUUAAUUGGCUAGGUGUAAAAGUUGUUAAAUUCAGAUUUGUAUCAUAUUAUUUCUCUGUUACAAAUGAUGUUACUAGUCUUGCGAUUAAACUGUUUGAACUUAGUUGGCUGAAAUUUCAAUACAAAAUUAAGGCACGUGAGAAAUGAUAUGUUGACCACAAAAUCGAAACAUUUUCAGACUCAUGUCCUUGGUUUGAUC